CUCGUUCGGUUCCUCUCAGUGUUGGUCUUAACAUCAUAGUCGGCUCUGGCGCACGGGUCACUAGAUCCCAUCCUCACUUAAAGACGCGGCUACACCGGAGAAUCUGGAAACCGUCAUCCCGAGGACGAGAGGGGAAAAAAUACAAAUGAAACGUUUGUGAUCAAAAUUGUGAUUUCGAAGAUGUGAUAAGCGAGAAUCUGUACCGGGAAAUUUUUUUUGUGAUAUAUCGAAAUUCGACUGAUUCGCGAUUAGAUCGACCCCUAUAGAAGACUUAGACAUGGUAGCCGACAUUCUUUCAUUAUUAACGAACUACCGUAGACUAUCCCUAGGUAAAACAAUAAACUACACGAUUUUCGUCCUGCUACUGACUUUCACCCUAACGCUUAGUGACAAUUCGCACAGUGCUGCAAGGACUCAUUCCAAACCUAAUUACAACCCUUACGAAAGAACGCCUCCUCCCAGCUGUGGUAGUUGUAAAAACCUAGAGGACGUGAAGGCUAGGAGUAUAGAGAUGAUUAAAGAACAGAUUUUGAGGAAGAUUGGGAUGAAGAAAGCUCCCAACAUAACUGGCAGGGUGUUGCCUCAAAUACCCCUGCACGAGCUCGCGAUGAUCGACCAAGGACUGGCCGAAAUGCAGAGUGAUCAACCAGAGUUCAAACCUGGAAUAUCAGUGACGGAAGAGGAGGAUGACGACCAUGCCAAAACUGAAAAGAUGUUCAUAUUUUCGCAGAAACAUCCACGACUGCGGCACUCCAGGAAAGACCACGACAUCCUCUAUUUCCCGCUGCUGGACAGCACAACGAAAUACAACGUGGCCAAUUCGUCCCUCUUCAUCUACAUAGAGGGUCACGACCGUCACCCCUUGCCAGAGAUUCACGUCGAGAUAUUCAAAGUGCUGAAACUGCCGAAUCAUCCGGAAACUUCGAAGCUCCAGAGGGUUGUAUCGACGACGAUAGAGCAGCCCUACGGCAAGGGAAGCUGGAUCCCCUUCGAUUUGACCGAGACGGUGUCCGAGUGGUUCAAGAACACGAGGGAGAAUCAUGGCUUCGUGGUCAAGGCGGAGCUGGAUGGCAAACAGAUAGCUAUAACGGAUCCAAGUGGGCCUGACAAGGGGAAGAUUCCCUAUCUCGAAGUCACCCCCCAACAGCCCAAAAGUAGAACCAGGAGGAGCUCGGGUCUGAACUGCGAUGAGACAUCUAACCAGAACCUCUGUUGCCGGUAUCCCCUCACCGUCAAGUUCGAGGAGAUAGGAUUCGACUUCAUCCUGGCCCCAAAGAGCUACGAGGCUUUCUACUGUCACGGGGAAUGUCCCUACCUGACCCUCCAGAAAAACGCCCACACCCACAUAGCCACCAUGGCGUCCCCAAACAGCGUUCAGCCUUGUUGCACGCCUCGGAAGAUGAGAAACAUCACCAUGAUCUAUUUCGAUCUUCACCUCAACGUUGUCGUCUCAAACCUGCCAGGUAUGGUAGUGGAUAGGUGCGGAUGCUCGUAGAGCAACCAGAGAUUGUACUAUGUGUGCUAGAGAACAAUUUUGAUGAGAAUUAUCGAACAGAUUUGUUGGUAUCGGAAUUAUUUUUCUAUAUGGAGAACUUCUGGUAAUUUCCUG